CACGCACGGCGCCGCAGAGCCUGCCGGGAGCUCGGUGAGCAAUGGCGACGCCCAGCUUGCGGGGUCGUCUAGCACGGUUUGGAAACCCACGGAAGCCUAUACUGAAGCCCAAGAAGCCCCUCGUCCUAGCUAACCAUGUCGGGGAACGGCGCCGGGAGAAAGGCGAGGCUACCUGUAUCACGGAGAUGUCGGUAAUGAUGGCUUGCUGGAAGCAGAAUGAAUUCCGCGACGAAGCAUGCAGAAAAGAGAUCCAGGACUUCUUCGAUUGUGCUUCGAGGGCUGAGGUGAUAGAAAGUUCUUGGGCUACCUCUCCCUCAUACCCCACUGGUGGAAUACCGGGCACUUGCCUGGUUCUGCAGGCUGAGGCUGUUCACUGUUAAGAAGAAGCUCAGUGCUUAGAUGCUUUGGACUAGCCUACUUUCUGUCAAUGGAAACUCCCAGUAAGAGGUCUGUGAACAUGUAUGGGAAAAAAAUUUAAACUACAACUGUAAUCGAACAUUUCAGUUAGGACUGUGGAAACAAACCCCAGUAUUAUUAGCAACACCUAUAUGAAAUCACAAUUUUUUUUAUAUAAUGGUUCAUUACAGAUGUCUCGUCACUUAUACUCAUCACUGUCUUCAAAGUUUAGUAGUUAUUACACUUGCUACUGGGAUCUUAUUUCAUU